AGUUUGAACAUAUGAAUGCAUGUUGAAUAUACUAACCGCUUGAGGCCCUUUUUAACAUAUCCAUACACUCUUACAUCAAAUACAGCAGUUAAAAGAAAGAAGUUCUCUCUGGGCUCGGACCUAGUUCGCGACGACACGGCCAAACGUACCAAGAAAGUCGGGAUCGUCGGUAAAUACGGGACCUACUGUGGGGCCUCCCUGCGGAAAAUGGUGAAGAAAAUUGAAAUCAGCCAGCACGCCAAGUACACUUGCUCUUUCUGUGGCAAAACCAAGAUGAAGAGACGAGCUGUGGGGAUCUGGCACUGUGGUUCCUGCAUGAAGACAGUGGCCGACAUCACUGGCCUAUAA